AUGGCUAUGCCCAAAGUUCCCAUCAACUUCGUAUCUGCCACAUCAGGGGAGAUGUUCUCUCUCGGUCAGAUCACCAUCCGUGUCAUGGAGGAUGGCAGCCACACAGACAACCGUAUUGGCUCUGCAGAAUUUACUCUUCCGCCUCAGAUCGGAGGUCCUCCAGCCCAUUGGCACGAGAUGCACGACGAAACAUUCAUGGUUACAAAAGGGUCUGUGCGCUUCCAUGCGCCAGAGGGCAAGACUAUCGACGCAAAAGUUGGCGAUUUUGUUACGGUGCCAACACGAGCGCCGCACACCUUCUCAAAUCCGUUUGACGAAGAGGCGAAGUUCCUCUGCACGUUCACGCCUGCGUUUUACAUCAACUACUUUAGGAUAUUAGGGGAGAUGGUAGAGAAGGGAGUGGCGAUGGACAAGGAGAUCAAUUUGGAGGUCAUGGCGAGGUAUGCCACCUUGCCUGCGGAGGGGAUGUGA